UUCUAGCUCAAGUUUUAAAUAUGUAUGAAUAAUUUAACCACGGACUAAAACAAUAGGAACAAAUGUAACUGAAAUGGCUUUGAUGACAGCAAAGGUUUAUCUAGCAAAGGGGAGUCACUCUCCUGCGAGCGUCUCACCAGUGCAGUUGCAUGUUGUAUGUGUGUUGAGUCUGGUCUGCCAGAUAUCUAUUUACAUUUCUUUUUGCUAGUAAAUCAUGUCUGGAGCUCACCUAGAGCUGAAGGACAAGUUCGGCAAUGUCAUGAGGUUUGGAAUUGGAGGAGAUAACUGGUAUCCUCCUUUCCCCUUAAUCCAAGAUCAUCGUCAACACAUCACAGAGGUUCGUCACUUGGAGCUCCGUCCAGAUGAUGUUCUCAUGGAGGGGUUUCCUAAGACAGGAUCUCACUGGCACCACGAGAUUUUGCACAUGCUUUUGGCCGGAUCGGCGGAGUACAUUUUGAAACUCGAGUACAAAGAAUUUCUAGACUUCUUUCCUGAGAAGGAGUUACUGCCCUCUGAUCGACCACGUGUGCUAUUUACUCACUUCCGCUAUAAUCAUCUUCCUCUGCAAGUGUGGGAGAAAAAGGUCAAGGUUGUAUACUUGACCCGAAGCCCCAAGGACACGUGGGUCUCAUUUUACAACCAUUUCCAUGGUAGCGCGGGGUUCUCCAACUACGAUGGCACAUGGAACCACUUUUUGGAAGUCAUGAUGGACACGGGAUUCUACUACGGGGACUGGUUUGACUACGUGCUGGACUGGGAGGCUAGGCUGGCAGCUGACAAAGAACUCAACUACAUCAUCUCAUCAUUUGAGGAUCUCAAGCUGGACCCCGUGGGACAGAUACAGAACCUGGACAAGUUCCUGGGUCUCAACAGGGGCAGAGAACUGUGUGAGCGCAUCGCGGAGGCUUGCAAGUUCUCUAACAUGAAGGCGGUCAAAGAUGCGCAAACGCCGAGUGAGAUGGAAAGAAAAAUAUGGAAGCAAAACGCACCAGGCUUCUACAGGAAAGGCGAGGUCGGGGACUGGAAGAACUGGUUCACUGUGGCCCAGAACGAGGCUUUCGACGAGAUGUACGAGAAACGUAUUGCCGGCAGUCAGCUGACCUACAGAUACCAGUGACGAGUGUCUGAUAUUGUCACUUAUGUGCCAAGCCUGUUUCCAGUGACAUCAGAUGUUGUCAUGGACACCAUCUGAGUACACGUUUUGUUCUGGAACAUUUUUCUGUAUGUGUUACUUAUUGUGUGUCACCCCGGACCUCAAAAUAUCUCUGUGACAAUAUUGACGCAGUGCCACAGGGUAUAUACCGUGUAAGAGAAGAAAGGGACAAAACCACAGCUGUCUGCAGUUCUCUAUGUUUACCUCCCCUCCACCAUCAAUCGGAGUCGCCCUCUUCUUCCUUUCCCUUUCAUCUGACCUGGUCUGCAGCGAACAAAUGUGAUCCCAGAUCGCCGGGAUAAAACAUUUUGUAGUCUAAAGGAAUUAAAAUUGUCUGGGUUCAUAGCCGAAAUGGUUCUGACAGAUGGAAUGGCGAAAAUAAUGACCGUGAAUAGAUGUAAAAUGUAAAUAAUCCUUUUAUCAGUCAGUAGCCUUGUAACCUGAAGGUGUGUGCUCUGAAAAGGCUCAACAUGUGUAGGGUUGGGUGAUGACAGGGAGUUUUCCAGUCAGUGACUGAGCGAAGCUGAAUCCAGAGGAUGUAGGAAGUAAGCUACAAGACACUCUUACGGAUAUCGCAGGGAGAAGGGAGAAAACUUUGUGGUAGGCAAUGAGAAUUUUUUUUAUUAUUAUUAUUUAAACGCAUUCCUGCUUACUGAAAUAGGCUAAAAGAUCAAGAUUGUCGUAAAAAUGUGUCAGUGUCGUAUGAAAAGACUUUGUUCAAAGGUGACAAACAUUGAGUUUUUGUAAACUUUUAUCGGUGUGUGUAGAGGGUGUUGUAUAGAGGGUUGGUGUGUAUAGAGGGUGUGUGUGUGUAAAAGCCGGUAUAGAGUGUCAUGGCCCAGUGACAAUAAUGACAGAAACGUAAAGUGGUUUAUCGUAUCAAAGGUCUAAGCAAGUCCUUUACUCUUUACCUCCCCUGAUAAAUUAGGUUCGCAUGUCUUCUAUUGCAGAAAAUUUCCAGCAACAGGUCUGAGAAGACCUUCCGCCCAUCGCACUAACCUCCAGGGGCAGCACAAUAUGUAAUUUACAUUGUAUAUCUGGCCUCUGAUGUUUUAGUAAAAAUCAGUGUAAGAUACCAUUUUCAAAAAUCUGUGUGAAUAACCGUCUCUCGUUAUUGAAAUACAAACACCAUCAGCCACAGUCAGUAUCGUGACCUCACCUUUGAAAGACUGCACUUGUUUACACUAAACACUUACUUGUUUAUACUAAACAUCCACUUGUUUACACUAAACAGCAAAUUGUUUACACUAAACAUCGCAAGACACGCUCACAGCAUGAGAGAGUGUGGAUGCUGUAACAUCUACCACAGUAUUACUACAGGCUUCCUCAUAAACACAACAAACAUUGAGCUUAAAAUUCAAGGGAAGAAACUGCGAAGAAGACGACAACUGCACCACAGGGCGAGUGCGAUGUGCCGGGGUGAAGUGGGGUGGAGUAAUGUGGGGGAAUAGUCAGCGGAUGUAGAAAUAUUUUAACCUCUGAAAGCCGUGAGUGGAAUGUAGUGCAGCUGACCUAGAGAUAGAUGUUUGCACAGGCCUGAAACAUCUGUCACCUUGUCGUGGGUACAGCUAAGUGCAGACAGAAGGUUUGGCUGUCAACCAGAUUGGACUUCGCAGUAAAUGGACUGACUGACCGACCGACGAAUGACAGACAGACAGGCUGACUGACAGACUGACACCAAUCAUUCAUGGCUAAUGAGAAAGCGUGAUUUCUUAAAAAGUAGAAUUUUCAGUCGUUUCCAGUAUUUGUGUGUGAGAAAUGUGUGAUUGCUUAUUGCUUGAUUGAAUGUCAGUCAGUAAAUACUGUGUCACCACAGCAGGCGUUAUUAAGGCAACAAAGGGUUAAAGUAGUAAGAGCUUUGAAAGGUUGUAACUGGAUAAAAAAAAGAAUUCAAUAAGUUUGAGUUAUGUAGAAAAGAUAUAAAAAACAUAUAUUUUCUUGAAAUAUACUUAAAAUAUAAGGCUCAACAGCUUCUCUUCCUUCUCCGUAAGCUGAAGUCUUCUCUGUCUCCCACCAAUUUCUUCAGCUUUUCUACAGAUCGCACAUAGCAUACUGUCCUCGUUUAUUUGUUUCUACAACAGUUUGUCGGUGAAGGACAAGAGCAGCCUACAUCGUGUGGUGUCCACCUGCUCCAAAGUCAUCUGAUCAACUCAGAGUUAUCUUCAGACUCUGUACAAUAGACGGACUCUUCUGAAGGUGUCUGCCAUUCUUGGUGAUGACAGGCAUGCUCUGUCGACAGAACUUGUCAGACUCCCGUCCGGCCGCCGAUGUUGUGUGUCUGCAUGCAGGACAAACAGACUGCGGCUGUCUUUUGUUGUUUCAGCCGUGCGACAUUUGAUUGUUGUGAAUGAGACAU